CAAUUUCCCCCCAGUGUCACCACUGAAACGCCUUGGCUUUUUUUUUUUCUAACAAACCGAGUAGAAAAUACUAUUGAAAUUGCAAUUUUUUUGGAGAACUGCUUUCUCUAGCACAUCGUUAACAUCUUUUCGCUAAUAGCGAAAGCCGGGAGCCAUGGACAUCGAACUGAGCCUGGACGAGAUUAUAGAGCGGAAGCGUGGACAUGGCGGUCGACCCGCGGACAAGAAGUUCAAUGCCAACUACACCAAGCCGCGUCGUGUGCUCAACAAGCCGGCCUUCAAGGCCACCGGUUCGGGUGGCUCUCAAUCGGAUCCGCCCGCCCAGCGCUCCUUCGACGCCCGCAACAAGAUCAUCCAGAAGACACGUGCCAAGAUAGCCGAUGCCCGGGAUCUGCUCAACCAGAGCAUGCGCGACUCGGGCAUCGAUGCCCGCCAGCUGCUCCUGGAGCGCAAGAAGUCCCGCCCCUUGGGACCGACCCUCGAUGCCGACGGAGAGCCACUGCCAUCUCGUCAUGCCCGCGGAUCUGGGGUGCAUAUGGGUCACUUUGGCCAGCGCACCAUCACCAUGUCGAACCGCCCGGGCGGCAUUAUCCAAACGGAGUGGGAUUCGGACGACGAGGUCGUCGGUCUGGGCGGAGGUGGUCAUAAGUCGCCGGGCCUGCGUCGUCCCUACGCCUCCAGAUCCAAUCAGCCGGGCAAACCCUUCGCUCCGCGUGGCUACAUAGAUCAUGACAAUAUGCAGGACCUAGAGGAUGAGGAGAUCACCCGCACCCUGCACUUUGGCAACUUCACCGGCCAGCAGCCGCCGCCGCGCUACACUUUUGGUGGCUUCGACCUGAAUCGCGACGACGACGUGGAGAUGUCCACGGCUCCGCUCAAGAACAACAUAGCCAACGAUCCGUUUGCCAUUUACGAGGUGGCCCGCAAUCGCAUCGAGCGACCCUCGCUGCCCACUCCUCUGGUGGUGGGACACACGGAUACCAGCGAGAAGCUCUUCGAGCGGCGUCAACGCAACAUGGUUAACACCACCAAUCUGCCGGAAUCGCUGCGAGCUCGUCUAUUUGGCGGUGAGCCCGAUCGUCGCGUAUCCCAUGGUAUUUAUGCCAACGAAAAUAGAGGUGGUGGCGGGGGAGGCUCCUCUGCUGGUGGUGGCAUGGCUCCAUCGAUGGCCCACCCGAUGAGCAUGCGACGCUCGCCGCCCACACUGCCGCUGGGGACAUCGAACACCAAGGGCGGUUAUCGCCUGUUGGUCAGCAAUCUGCAUACUAACGUGACCACUGCGGAUAUACGCGAGCUAUUCAGCGACAUUGGACCAAUGUACGAUGCCCAUGUGGUGCGUCCCGGCACGGCGGAGGUGAUUUACAAGUCACUGGAACACGCCGAGAUGGCCGUGGAUGCCUAUCAUCAUCGCGAGUUCGAUGACCAGCCCAUGCACUGUGUGCUGGUCAAUCCGCACUCCUCACACCGCUCGGCCCACUCCGCCAGCUCUCGCACCGUGACCACCAACUCGUCCGGCGUGGAGGUGGACAUCGAUGCUCUCCACUCGGUACUCUUCCGGGAUCGCUAGGUAGCGACUCUGCGGACUGUGACGCAAUUAGGCAAUUUUCCAGCUACUCUAGACAUGGUGUUCUCCACGCAUCCUACUCUAUUCAUCAUCUCCUUAGUAUUAAGCUCAAAAUUAUGUACACCAUUUACACCUUAGGAGCGCUUGUCCCCUACGAAUCGGUCCACCCGGUGUUUGUUCAGUAAACUAGACAAGUUUAAACCAAGUGUGUUUUUUUUUUGGCCUAGUCCUUGAAUCUAAAUAGAAAUUCGAACAGUACACUUGUAAAAUACCCAUGGAAUGCCGUAUUUUUUCCAAUAAAAGUAAAGGAAAAGAAUAGAUAACCAGUAAUGUUACAAUUGCUUGUAUAAUAUUACAUAAAA